GGAGCAGCCGCAGCUGGGAUUGGGGCCCGCCGGCACCGCCCGGCCGGUCGUGGGGGAGGAGGCGGCGGGAGGAGGAGCGGCAGGGCGGACCGCAGCGAACUGGCGGGGCUCGGCGCGGCGGUCCCUGAAGAUGGCGGCGGCGGAGCCCGGCACUGCUCCGGGCAGCGGGAGCUGCGCGCCGGCGGGCGGCGGCUCCGUGCCCGUCCUUUUCUGCUUCUCGGUUUUCGCGCGGCCCUCCAGCCUGCCCCACGGAGCCGGCUACGAGCUGCUGAUCCAGAAGUUCCUCAGCCUGUACGGGGACCAGAUAGACAUGCACCGUAAGUUCGUGGUGCAGCUCUUCGCCGAGGAGUGGAGCCAGUACAUCGACCUGCCGAAGGGCUUCCUGGUCAACGAGCGCUGCAAGGUGCGCCUGGUCCCGCUGCAGAUCCAGAUUACUACUUUGGGCAACCUGACACCCUCAAGCACUGUUUUUUUCUGUUGUGACAUGCAAGAGAGAUUCCGGCCUGCCAUCAAAUACUUUGGUGAUAUCAUCAGUGUAGGCCAAAGGCUGCUCCAAGGUGCACGGCUCUUGGGAAUUCCAGUUAUUGUCACUGAACAAUAUCCCAAAGGUCUUGGCAGCACUGUGCAAGAAAUUGAUUUAACAGGAGCUAAACUUGUGCUUUCCAAGACAAAAUUUUCAAUGGUGUUGCCAGAAGUUGAAGCAGCAUUAGCAGAGAUCCCUGGCGUCCGGAGUAUUGUCCUCUUUGGAGUAGAAACUCAUGUCUGUAUCCAGCAAACAGCAUUGGAAUUAAUUGGCAGAGGUCUGGAAGUUCAUAUUGUAGCUGAUGCCACAUCGUCAAGAAGUAUGAUGGACAGAAUGUUUGCUCUUGAACGUCUUGCACGUACUGGAAUUAUAGUUACUACUAGUGAAGCGAUAUUGCUGCAGCUGGUAGCUGAUAAAGAACAUCCGAAAUUCAAAGAAAUUCAAAAUCUCAUUAAGGCAAGUGCCCCUGAGUCAGGGCUCCUUUCCAAAGUUUAAAGCAGGCAUGGAGGAAGCAGAUCUCACAGUCCCCUUUCAGAGGAAGGAAAGCUAUAAGCGCACAUGUACAUGUUCUUUCGCUCAAAAUUUGGUAGGAGUGUCAAAAUAGAAAUUGGCAUGCUUGUGCUUGCCUUAGCAAAAUUGUCUAGUUAUAUGUCUCGAUGCCAGUGUGUUCUGUUUAGUUACAGCUGUCAGAAGUUUUGGGUAUCAUAGGACCCUUUUGUUGUCAAAUUUCUUCAUUUAAAAAAUAAAUUAACAGAGGUGCCUGCUAGUCCAUACUAUACACUGAUUGUAACAGCUCAAAAAAAUGCAUAUUUCUGUGACACCCUUGAUUGUGUGCUUUCAAUUGUUCUGUGAUGUCCUGUUUUACUUUUGUAUUAAUAGAAGAUAAUUACUUAUUGGAUAAAUGUGAUGUGAUACGCUUUAAUGUUCUAUAUAAAUGAAGUAUUUUAUUAGGGCAUAAAUUAAAACUGAGUAAGAUAUAUGACCUAUAUGUGCGCUUUUCUUCUCUAGGAUAAAAUUUAAGCACUUUGCUUCAUAGAUAAGACACAUAAAUCAAGCAGAGCUGAUGUUUGAUUGCCCUAGGUAGCUGAAGUCUGCAUCAUGACUUUUGAUUAUACUGAAAUGGACUGCCCUAAGCUGUACUUUCCUUAAGUGUAUACAAACAGCAGACUGUUGUGUAAUGAGUUCUUUUUAACAGCUGGUGUAAACUCCUUCAGAACUUGCGAAUAUUAUCAAAGCUUUAAAUUAGAAAUGCUGAGGAUGUUUAACAAUGAAAACUUUUCAGGUUCAUGUGUUAAAUCUGCUAAUAUGUUUAGAUAUAUUUUGCUGUGUUUUACACCCAGUUUAGUUAGAUUGAAUAAUUCUAGCCAAUUUACUCAAGAGGGCUCUGAAAGAAGGUUUAGCUUCUCUCAGUUUUUGUGCUUUUUUUAUGGCCUAUAGUUGGGUGGAAUUUGAAUAGAAUCUGGUCUAAAAAUAUUCUUCAGAAAAAUAGCAUCUUUAACACAAUGAUAUAUAUUUUUUCUAUCUAGAACUAAUCUUUUAACAUGUGAUUAUUCAUAAAGGCACUUCCUUCAUGUUCUAGGGGAUUAAACAAUGUUGUAUAAAGUUUACAGUGUGCCUGAGACAUUUAUUUUUUUUAAAGAGUACUAGAAGAUGUCAUACUAACCACUGAUCUUUUUGGUAGAAAAGAUAUUAAAAUACAUGUAUUGUUUUAAUUUGCUUAUUUUCCCCACAAGAUGGCUCUAAAUGAAUUGUUUCAUAAAUAGAAAUAAUUUCAAUUGUUUCAUAUAACCUUUAUCUGUUCAAAAGAAAUAAAAAGUUAACAUUU